UCCGACGAAACGAAUAAUUUUUUCUUGGAACUAAUAUGCUUGCAUCACACGUAUCAAUAACCUCGGACGGUUCCCUAUCCCUCGUCACUUUUAUGGGAAUUCCUCAAUUGCUUAAAGUCUGCGACUCCUAGCCCGAUCAGACCACGCCUGCGUAUGGGUCGUUGGAGAAAACAGCAAGGUGGAGUUCAUCAUAAAGAAACUCAGGGCACAAGAUCACAGAACUGGAAGCCACCUGUGGAUACUUGGCAGUCGUCUGUGCCUCCAUGGGAGAAGAAAUUCUGCACAUUAAUUGGUUCAGUUCCAUGGAGAAGGCUCCUGGAAACCAAGAAGUGUAUGUACCUCUAUGACAAUGUGGUUCAAUGGAAUGACUCUGCUGGUGAAGAGGCAUUUCACAAUGCAAAAUUCAGAUUUUGGGCAGAGAUUAAUGGCCUUCCGUGUGACAUAUCAUUGCCUGACCCGGAUAUGUAUAUUGAAGAAGUAGAUUGGAACGCCAACAUAGAUCCUGAAUUACUUUUGGACUUGGAACAGGAGCCCAAGGCUCCUUUCGAGGAAGAUGAAGAUGAAGAUGAGAAGGCUGUGGUUCUUGGUGAUUCCCUGCUCUUGAACCAGUCAUUUCCUUGCACUGGAUGGGGAGAAGCUGAAGAGGACUUAAGAGAAGCCGCUGACUUAGCUCGGCAUCCCGGAUAUGGGGAUUGUAACCAAGUCGUGGAUAACAACAAUAAUCCUUGGGAACAUAAUUACGGUCAGAGUAAUGAGGCCAUGGAAGAUAAUGGAUGGGGAAGUAAUCAGAAUGAUUCAUGGGGAUGGAAUCGGUGGAAAAAUAAGUGUAAUGAGUGGGAGAAAAAUUAUAAUGAGUCGGAUAAUGUGAAUGGUGAAAGAGCCGGUGGAUAUGGGGGAAUGUGGGAUGACAAUAGCAGGAGGAAAGAAGUCUCUGAUCGGUACAUGUCAAGGUAUAAAACUUCAAGGUUUCAUGGAAAUGACUAUCAAAUGGGUCGUGGGGGGAAAAAUGGUAGGGGAAGGAGGACCAUAAAUUUUGCUUAUGAAUGACUACUCAGGAAAAAAGAAACUGCCUAGCUUUUGCUGCUACCCUACGGAUUCAGCAGAGCUGGAAAUCCAUGGAGUUGGGAGAAGUGAAUUUUGUGAAGCUUUGGAGUAUAUAAUAUAUUGUUGAGUUUGUUAUAUUCUUGGUUAUCUGCAUGAAGGAUAGCGUGUAAUAGCGUGAUAUACUCUCAGCCAAGUCCUCUCCAUGCUCGGUUUAAGCUCUGCAUUUUGUAGUUUGUUCGAGAAGAUAUUGCAGAUUUUGAACGUGGCUCGUGCCGUUGGGACAUGCAUUAUUACUACGUUAGUUCGAUAAACUUGGUUCUCAUAAAUGCGUUGCGGUGUAUGUAAGAAUCCUAAUGCUGGUGUUGAGUAUACUGUAUUCGAUGGUGAGAGAAUUUUGAAGUAUUGAUGGAAGUUCUGAAAAUAUUGAGAAUAUUGAGAACGACUA